UAAGAAAAUAGCAUGAGCAGCUGUGGGCUGGGAGUGAUCUGAUGGUUCUGAAGUUCCCUGCCCUGCCUGGUUACACUAGAUACUGCACAGACUCCCUGUCCUAAAGAAUAUGCUCCAUGCCACCAUCUGUGAGAAGGCUUCAGGUAUUUGGUAGACACAAUUUUUACUUCUGUUCUCAUCCCUGGGCCUCCUGGCACAGAUGUUACCUUACCAUGGCUGAUGCAAAUAUGGGAGAUGAAUCCCUACUGCAGAGGAGCAUACCGACCUGUCACGUUCACUCCUCUUCCACCAAACACUUCUGAGGCCAGUUCUUCUUGAAAGCUGUCUCAGUGAGCACACAGCAGAAAAACAAAUGUGCUACUCCUGGCCCAGGCUGGAAAACACGGAGUGCCUGGUAAUGCCGGUGGGAUAGCACAGGAAGGACCACAGCCUUCUGCAGGGAGACAUGCCAAAGGAAUCACAGCCAGCACGCUGCAAUUCGUGUGGCUUCCUAAAACAUGAAGGUAACUUCUACUGGUAAAGAUCACCUUUAAAAGGGAACAUGGAUUUAAUAAACUCAACCGAACAAAACAGUACAUCAGAAGAACUAUUCAAAUGGGUGACAUCCAAGAUUCUCAUUUCCAUUACCCUGUCUGUGCUUGCACUAAUGACAACGGCCAUCAAUUCUCUGGUGAUGACUGCAAUAAUUGUGACAAGAAAACUCCACCACCCCGCCAACUAUUUGAUCUGCUCUCUUGCAGUGACUGAUUUCCUUGUGGCAGUCCUAGUGAUGCCCUUCAGCAUUGUCUACAUUGUAAAGGAGACCUGGAUCAUGGGGCAAGUAGUGUGUGACAUUUGGCUGAGUGUGGACAUUACAUGCUGCACGUGUUCCAUCUUGCAUCUCUCUGCCAUUGCUUUGGAUCGUUACAGAGCAAUCACAGAUGCUGUGGAAUACGCACGAAAAAGGACACCAAAGCAUGCUGGUAUCAUGAUUGCAGUGGUAUGGAUCAUAUCCAUUUUUAUCUCUAUGCCACCUUUGUUUUGGCGGCACCAGACAACCAGCAGGGACGAUGAAUGCAUCAUCAAACAUGACCACAUUGUUUCCACCAUUUACUCCACAUUUGGCGCCUUCUAUAUCCCCCUGGCCUUGAUUUUGAUCCUUUAUUACAAGAUAUACAAGGCAGCAAAGACGUUUCACAGAAGAAGUGUCAGCCGGAUAGUCAGGGAGGAGGUAAAUGGACAAGUCCUUUUGGACGCAGGUGAAAGAAGCACCAAAUUGGCUUCAAUGCCCAGCACAACAGAGAAGACAUCAGAGCCACUGGUGGACUGUGAUAAAAUCAACGUCAGCAUACGAAGCCCCAGAUCUGAAUCUAAGCACGAGAAGUCUUGGAAAAAACAGAGGAUCUCUAGCACAAGAGAGCGAAAGGCAGCAACUACUCUGGGUCUGAUCCUGGGGGCAUUUGUGAUUUGCUGGCUUCCUUUUUUUGUAAAAGAAGUAGUUGUGAACACCUGUGAAAGAUGUCACAUUUCAGAAGACAUGUCUAAUUUCCUAGCAUGGCUGGGAUACAUCAAUUCCCUUAUUAACCCUCUAAUCUACACAAUCUUUAAUGAAGAUUUCAAGAAAGCCUUCCAGAAGCUUGUGCGGUGUAGGCAAUAUCUUUAAGAGCUUUUGUUCAUAUAAGCAGAACAUACUCAUUGCUUUUUUUAACAUGUAUAAAUUUAUAUAACUGAGAUCACAUUUGUUGUAUUUAAGGAAAAGCACCAAGACUCUGCAUUCACAUUAUGACUCUUUUGUAUAAGUAGUACCAGGAGCAUAAAUUGCCCACGUUUUAAAGAGAUGAAUCUUCUGGGAUCAGUUUUGCUCUGGAGAAAGAAGUAGCGUAUACUCAUUGAGGCCCUGACCAUGCUGGCAUUUGGAGAGCUGCUUAGUUUGAAGCAUAUAGGUAUUACAUUAAAUAUGAAGGAAAUCUACACCUUCGAAGUAGAUAAAAGAAAGAAACAAAUUUAAAAAAAGAAAAAAAGCAAUUCUAAGUGACUUUUUAAGUUUUAAGUAAAUAACACACAGAUUUUGGUCUCUAUUGUCAGUAAGAUGGAAAAUAAAACUUACUAAUGUUAUUAGUGUAGGACAGGCUUGCAGCAUAGAGCCAAGCUAUUUUGAACAAAGGGUGGUAGCUUUAAAUAUUCCUAGCAUCACCCUAUGUUGACUAGGUGAGUUCAGCUCCAGCCUUGCCCUCUCCUAGGACUUCCUUGUGUUACGCCCUUGCAAUGCCCCAGUGGUAGGGAAGACACUUUCACAGCCCAGCAGUUCGUAGUGAGUCAAUAUCAUGUGCCCUCUGCCAUUGCACACCCAAGACACAUACAGCCAUAGCCCCAGGGGAAUGGUAUGGUAGUCAGUGCACCUCCAGUGAUUAGGGUCUCAGAGCCUGGUGCUCUGAGUCUCCAUUUCAGUAGAGCCCGCGGAGAAUUUAGCUCAUAAAAAGCAGCUGGUCCUCCUUCUACCGAUGUUAGAAACAUAAGAUAAUCCCUGCUCACAUCCUCAUCUCUAUCUCACACGCCUGUCCAGGCACAAUCCUAUAUUUCCCAGUACCAAACGUAUCCACAGUUUGUGCCAGGGCCCCCAGAUAACUGCUGACGGUGGUCGGCUUACUGAGGUUUGGUUGAGAGUCACUAAACUAAGUUCCAGUUCAGCACAUGCUCCUCCACUUCCAGAAGCCUAAUGUCCCCCAAGUCUUUUCUUGACUGUGCCUCAAGCACUAAGGUUGUGCACCUUCUUCCCAGUCAUGUUAGAAAGCAGAGUCCAACCACAGUUUAAGCAGUGGGGGUCUCCAGAAAAUGCCCUGCAGCCCUUCUCCAUAAAGGGCAGGGAAGUUAUCUCAGUCUGCAGUACAUGCCUGGGGAGGUGAUCCAGUAGGAUGCUCAUGGGCUGGCCCCUCCAAAACCCCACUUCUCUCAGAGCAUCUGGCCCUGGUCCCCAGUCCCAGAAAAGCUGAAAGGACCUCGCAUCCACUCCAGCUUGUAUUUUUCCCCUUAGAUACAAGCUGCCACAGCAGCUGUCAGAGGUGUUUCAUGAAAGAUGAUGAGGUUUGAGACCUGAGAAAUUGAACUAAUUUGUUUCUGUCACUUGAAAUUUACUGUAUUCUGCUUUCACAUCAAGAUCCAAAUGAGAUAUUAUUCACAAGUACCAGAAACCAUGUAUUUGUUUUACUGUUGAUUUUAACCCCUCCAGGAAGCUACUGGAAAUCCUACUCGUCAUAUCCUGUAGCUCUAGUGCAGCAGAAGCAUAGCUACCUUUUGAAGGCACUAGGAUGCGGCAGCAUGUAAUUUGGCUUGUACGCAGCAUAAAAUAAUGCAUUUGAUAAUUCUGCAGUCAGAGUACAGAUGCAGCAGCCCCUGUGACCUCAGCAAUGGCUAUAUUAUGCUGAAAGAAAAUAACAGUUUUAAGGAUCAGCUGUGCUCUGCUGUCUCCAGAAAGAGCCACAGAACUCAGCUUCAUGAGAGGAUUACCAGGUUAGCAGAAGGCCACAAGGAAAAACACAGUGAAACAUCUAACUCUGAAGAUCUGUUUCCCUUGUUUUUUUGGUGGGUUUUUUUUUUGUUUUUUUUUUUUUUUUUGUUGUUGUUGUUGUUUCGUUUUUGAGUACUAACAUUGGAUAUUUAAAGCCAUGGCUUCCCCUCCCCCUGCUUUUCCCCGUAAAUCUGCUGGAGGGUAGAGUGCACUAUUUUUCCUCUUACACGUGAGAUGUUUGACAAUGUCUUGUGAAAGCAUAUUGGAAGAAAAACAAGGGUUGCUUUUGAGGAGAAAAGAUAUUUAAGAUACUCAUAAUAGAUAAGGCUCAAAGAAUGGAAUAAUAUGUAGAUAAAUAGAAAAUAGCUCUCAUUUAUGCACUGUCAACAGUACUAUACUCUGAAAUAAGCUGCUAAACGUUUCUCAAAAUGCAGGGUGGGUUUUUGUUGGUUUUUUUUUUUAUGCUUCUCAAUGAGCUCUGUGUGCUCAUCCUUCAGCACCCCAGUGGUGGAAGAUGCAACUACAAGAAAUCUAAGCAAGCAAGCAGGUAGUUAUCUUAUUAAAAGCACUUACAGAUUGUGGACCAUCAUUUCUUGGUGUCUGAAAUUUCCACAGUGACAAACACUGCAUUACACAUCCCCACACAGUAUCAUUUCAUCUUCAGCAUCUAUGUGUGCAUGUGAUGUGCUAAGAAAACCUCUAAUUUUUUUCUUUCAAGAUGCAUAAUGGCUAAGGUUUCUGCUAGAUGCAGUUUUCCCUUCCCCACAAGAUACACAGGCACUCACUGGAGGUUAACAUUGAAUUCAAAGAGCAAGAGAGAGACUGCAAUAUUUUAUGCACUGGAGCUGGGAUUUAUUUUUUACAAUUAGCUCUUUACCCUGUGGGAGUUCAGUCCCCCAGAUAGAAGAAGAAGGAAAAAAAAGGCUGUUUUCUUAACUCUAUUUCUCAGAAGAGAGCAUAUGUACUUGAGGAAAGGGUUUUCCAUCUACCUCUGCUUUGGACAAAGCUCCUUGGAUCCCUACCUCCGCUGCAGCUGCCCUCCCAGUUGCUGCUUGCUGCCCAACCACCCAUCCAUUUAGAUUUCUUCUAGCACUUGGAGAACCGUAUUUGGAGCAGCUGACCUACUCCCACUUCAUCUUUCACGGAGGAUGAUUCCUGAUGUAACUAUGAAUGCUAUAUCCAGUUCAGGUAGACAUUUUUUUUUUACUAACAGUAAGAAGUUAAAUACAUCUCAUUUUUCCGUGCUCAGUCUUUCUCCUUCCCUUCCUACCAAGUGGUGUCCUUUCCUCUUGAGGAUAGCACAUUCCUACAGAGGGAUUGGGGUAUGAAUACACUUUUGUUUUUGUGACGCAGUCACACUUGUUAAUGCAUGACUGUACCACCCAGAAACACCCACCUCAUCCAAAUGUGCUUUUGGCAAUCAUUGCCUUCAGCUGGUGUCUAAUUGUUCUUAGCAUUAGGGAGGUACACAGAAAUAAGUAUGUGCCAAAUUAUUUUCUCCAGUAGUUACAAACUCAGCACUUCCAGGCAAGUAUGCAUUCCUAUUUGGCCUUUGUGUUUCAGAUUCCUUUGCAGAAGGGAAACAGAAGAUCACCCCUGUAGCUAUAGAAAAGGAAGGGCUUUUAGAGCUCUGCAGAUCAAAGAAAAAAAAGGCUGCAAGAAAAGGAUGAAGAAACCCUUGUAGCAGCCCUGUAAAGACUGAGCAUAAACCUAACACUUGCAAGCAUUCCAGCACCCAAGCAGUGAGCAUUACCUGCUGUUUUCUCUCUUAUUCCUCUUCUGAAAAGUGCUGCUACACUACAAGAACAGUACUACCAAAAUCAGAACUAUUAAAAAUACCAGUAGUAUGUUGCUAUCCCCUCCCCUGCACAAUGCUGAAAUGAAUUAAGCAGAUUUUUUUCUUUAGGAUUUUCCGUUUGUCUAAUGGUGUCUAAUUUCUAAUUGUUUUGUUGUUGUUGUUUCUCUCCUCAACCAA